AACAAAAUGAGAGGACUGAAUACGACAAAAGAACCGAAUGCCGAUUCUGUGGUCAAAUGUGCGUCGAUGUGCCUCAAACGAGGUCCAGUGAGAUGUCCUGCCUUCAAUUUUAAGAGAUUCAAUGGUGAAAAAGGUCAAUGCGAGCUGAUAAAUGGAGUCCCAUAUGAACUAAAUGAGACUUACAAUGUAUGGAGUACGCAGCUUGAAAAUUCAUACUUCUUGGGCUGCUUUCACGAUAAUAAAACUCAGCGUGAUCUGACGGGAGAUGUCCUUGUACAAUACAGAAAUAUGUCUGUUGAACUCUGCCUUCAAUAUUGCAAUGAAAAGGGUUAUAUGUACGCUGGACUUCAAUAUUGGAAAGAAUGUUAUUGUGGUAACACCUUUGGGAGAUAUGGAGCAAGUCCUCAGAGUGAAUGCAAUUUCAAAUGUAGUGGAAACAACGCUCAAACAUGUGGAGGGCACAAUGUAAACAGCGUACACAUGAACAUCAGUCAUUUUUGAACAGAUUGAACAUAAAACGUUCAUCUUAAAAUACCACAUUAUUUCAUACAUUUAUAACCUGCAUUGUAUGCAAAUGCACAAUUCAGAUGUAAUGUUCAUUUAAUUUUUUUCAAAUAUUUGAAUUCCCCACCAUUUUAACAAGUUCAGAAUAAUUUAAGCAUGACAUGCAAAAGACAAAACAAGAUGGCAAGAUGACAAGAUGACUUGACCAGGGGGAUUAACCCCAGAGUUCAAAGAUGACGUACGCUUAUAAUGUAUUGAGAUGAC